AGCCUGACGUCAGAGACCGAGGACGACUCUGACGGUCAAUCCGCCUUGAGCUGCUGGACAUGGUACCGAUUGGAACCAGCCAUGGUCAUUCGCUCUGCGACUAGCUGAAGGCCGAGAUGGCGCCCAAGGAGAACCCCAACGCCUUCCGGAUCUUCGUAGGUGGCCUGCGCAAGACCACCAGCGAGGACCGCAUCCACGCGCACUUUGCCCGCUUCGGCGAAGUAGAGGCCGUAGAGAUCAAGCGGCAGCCCGACGGCAGCUCGCGGGGCUUCGCCUUCGUGCGCUUCGCGCAGACGGAGUCGGUGGAGCGCGCCAUCGAGGCCCAUGCCAAGCACAUGAUCGACAACAAGUGGGUGGACGUGAAGCGGCACGACAGCGAUGCCCACGCGGCCGGCCCGGCCUCGAUGCUGCGCGACGACCGCCGGACCAAGAAGCACGAGGUGCCAGAGGAUACCUCGGACGACCGGAAGGCCGCCCAGAACCUGCUGGAGCAGUCAAUGAAGAAUGCCAUUGGAAAGCUGGGCCCAUGCUCUGCGAGCUCUGGACUUCGUGGGAUGGACGAGGAGAAAGGCGAUGCCAAGCUGGGCUAUGCGAAUCCCGCCAUGAUGAUGGGCAUGAUGAACAUGAUGCGCAUGGCCAUGGGCAACCCCAUGAUGGCGAAGAUGAUGCGUGAAGGUGAAAACGAAGAGGGCGAGAGGCCAGCUGAAGAGAGAAGCGGAAGCGCUUGUAGCUGUGGCGGAUGCGGAGGCUGCGGAGGAUGUGGAUGUGGCGGUUGUGGAGGGUGUCCCGGAUGCGGGUGUUGCGGAUGUGGAGGCUGCGGGUGUGGUGGAUGCGGGGGCUGCGGAUGCGGAGGAUGUGGGGGAUGUGGAGGCUGUGGAGGUUGCGGAGGGUGUGCAGGAUGUCCAGGGUGCGGAGGUUGUGGGAGCUGUGGUUGUGGAGGCUGUGGAGGCUGUGGAGGUUGCGGAGGGUGUGCAGGAUGUCCAGGGUGCGGAGGUUGUGGGGGUUGUGGUUGUGGAGGCUGUGGAGGCUGUGGAGGAUGUCCAGGUUGCGGCUGCGGUUGCGGUUGCGGCGGAUGUGGUUGUGGUGGUUGUGGUUGUGGUGGCUGCGGCAGCUGCUGUGGCGGAUGUGGAGGUUGUGGCUGCCCAGGCUGUGGCUGCGGUUGCGGCUGCUGUGGAGGUUGCGGCAGUUGCGGCUGUGGCGGUUGCGGAGGAUGCGGAAAGGACCCAGCUGACAAAGGAGAAGCUCGGUCACUUAGAUCCAGCCCUUACUGAUGGUGCGGCACAAGGAGGCGCGGAUCGGGCGCACGGAUGCGAACUCGGAGCAGCCCGCGGAGCCCCUGUGACUGCGCACCCCGCCGCCAAACAGCGCGUGACCGUCUCAGACGGAGGGUACCAGGGC